AUGAAGGCUCCUCCAGUCAUGUUGAUAAAAAGGAUCUUACUGUACAUCCUUCUAGUAAUGCUGGCUCAGAGCAACUAUCAAGGUUAUGGAUUUGAUGCCACUGAUUGUCCAAUUGAAAUUCAAGUUAAAAGACACUCCCAGUACAAAAUUAAUGUUGGGAACUCUUUGAUUAUAGACUGUCCAGUUCAUUACUGCAAGAAAAAGCCAGUCAUGCAGUGGUGCAAGAUAGAGGUGGCUACAUGUGUGCAGCUGAAGGAGGGCAAAGCAGAAUGGAAGUCCAACGUGUUUACUCUGGAGGUUUUCUUUGUUCAUCAGAAUGAUAGUGGACUUUAUCAUUGUCGAGCAAUAGCGGACAACUUUUCCAGUGAGAGCCAUGGAAUAAAAGUUAUUGUUGAAGAAAAGUCUGCAAACAUUAUCACGAUUUCACCAGGAAAUACCACUAGCAUCUCAGAAGAGUCCCAAGAAUCUGGAAACUACAAGAUAUUGCACAUUAUUUAUGCUUCAGCAUCCAUGGGUCUAUGUUGUCCAUUCAUCAUCGUUUGCAUGUUUUGGUGUCUAAGGAAGUACCAUGCAAAGCAAAAGAGUACUCCAUUAACCCAGCAGAGACAAAAGAGCCUGGUCAGAAGUCCAGCAGCUGCUCCAUCCCAUGCUGCUGGGACAACUCAAGCUUCAGAAGAAACCUCCUCACUUUACUAUUGCUCCAUGGCUAGCCCACUGCAGGCCUUGCAUGGCAACGCAAUUUAUGACAAUGAUGUCCCUGCCUGGAACACUCAGAGGACAGCACCUUAUGCACCUCGCAGUGAUCCUGUUAUUCCUUCCAUCCCAGUUUUACUUGAAAGCCCAGAUGUCCUCACGUACGCUGCACUAAAUCAUUCUGCUUCUGCAGAAAGAUGCCAGAGAAGGGAACCAACUGUAGAAAAUGAAUUUACAGAAUAUGCCUCCAUUAAUGUAAAUAAAUAAAUGUGGCAAGGACUUCUCCAGACAACCAUUUUGCAUGCAGUCCC